AUGCCUCAAAUAUUCCAUGUUCUCCGUUGCUUUUCUUGUUCAACCUUCCAGGUUCAUCAAGUAAAGAAAAGCAACAGGUAUAACUGUAAAAUGUGCUCUGUAAAACAGUCUGUAACCAAAGUGUUUGCUCAAGGCUCUGGAGUGGAAUGUCGUAAAGUAGUGCAGCAGCUGAAUAUGUAUCAAGGGGAGAAAGAGGCUGAGAUUGCGCAAUCAGUCGUCUCUUGUGAGGCUUAUCCAGAGGCAGAGAAGGCUGAAGCAGCAUUUGAACAGCAGGACAGUUUGGAACAUGCUGACCAUCCAGAGACAUCCCAGGACAGUAAGUGGAGAAAAUAUGAUACAGAAGAGAGUCCCGCUCAACCUAUUGAGGAGGACAACCCUAAUUUCACAACAUCGUGGGGAGAGUUUGCUGGGUGCAGAGCCAAAGCUGAGAGGAACCGAGGUUGGAGAAACAAGCCAUACACUGAGCAGAAUCAAAAGACAAGCUCAUCAAGUCUUCACACAAAGUAUGACAACACACGUGAUUCACGAUCACAGCCCGGAACAUGGGGAGAGGAUCCUGUGACGAGACAGAAUGACUCGGGACUAAAUCAUCGUACCAGAUCUGCCGAGAUGGAUGAUUCAAGAUUUCAGUCUCAACAGAAGAUGUCGGUCAACUUUGCAGCAUCAGGACAUUCUCAGACUAAACAAUCGGGGAACAUUCAGUACUCACCAGGAAAUGGGGGCACGGUUAGAAAGAAUGUUGGCAGUCUGUCAUCCUCGUCGGUUGAUAUGAGUUUUUCCACAUCUCAUUUCCCUUCUUCCAAACGAAAUUGCACGAGAGCUGCAGAAUUGGUACAAUCAAGUCUGGUUAAAAUGAAGGCAGCUGUUGAUAAGAAAAAGGCAACCAAUUCAGCCAGCGUGCCUUCGUCUUCAAAAUGGAGUAAGUACGCAGACAUUGUGGAGGAGAAUAACUCAGAUGAAGAGGAGGACAUUGAUGAAUCAGGGGGUAAUGAUGUUUAUCUUGUCUUAAAAGAAUCUUCGAAGUUUGGUAAUGUCAGUAGUUCUGAAACUAAAAGUGACAUUCCAAGUAAGAUUGUGAACACUAGUGGACAUGUUGGCCUUGCUGGGGGAGGAACAUCUUUAAAAAUCACGAAGCAGGACAUUCUGUUUUCAAAUUCAAUUUUCAAUGCAAUGGAUGAUGACGAUCUUGACCAAAUUCUUGCUGAUAAUUGUUAGAACUUUUGAAGAAUGAGACUGUAACUAUGAUUUGGUGGUCUCCUUGUAAAUACAGAUUCAUUCAUAUAUGGUUGUGUUUGAUUUUCCUGAAUAUUUGUAGUUGUCAUACAAUCGGACUAAAACGGUUCGAGUACAACAGUAGGGGAUCAUGGAUGUCCAAUUGUCUGAAGGAUGAGAGGGUCAUCAGGUGUUAGUCUGGUUGUGCCAUGUCUCUGACCCAUUU